GCCUUUAAGGUUUCUCUCCGGCAAAUAUCUUGGCUGCAUCUGCGACCCCGGGCCCCCCACCCAUCGUAGUCCCACCUAGAAGGGCCCCCGACUGCGGCCGGCCGCCCGCGCUUCCUCCGCCUCUUCCCAUCGCCUGUGCGCCUGCGCGACCGGAAAAUUCGCGAAGGUUCCUGAAGCGGAACUGGCCGUUUCCGGAAGCCGGCAGCCGCCCCAGCCUGCAGACGGGUGGUUGCGGCAGGGGAGUUGUAAAGGCAGUGUCUGGCGGUUCCAGGCGUUUGGCCCUGACCCGGAGCGGUGGGAAGAGAAAAUGGCCCUGCUGUGCUACAACCGAGGCUGCGGCCAGCGCUUCGAUCCCGAGACCAAUUCCGAUGACGCUUGCACAUACCACCCAGGCAUUCCAGUCUUUCAUGAUGCAUUAAAGGGUUGGUCUUGCUGUAAGAGAAGAACAACUGAUUUUUCUGAUUUUUUAAGCAUUGCAGGCUGUACGAAAGGAAGGCAUGAUAGUGAGAAGCCGCCCGAGCCAGUCAAACCUGAAGUCAAGACUACUGAGAAGAAAGAACUAUCUGAAUUGAAACCCAAAUUUCAGGAGCAUAUCAUUCAAGCCCCUAAACCAAUAGAAGCAAUAAAAAGGCCAAGCCCGGAUGAACCAAUGACAAAUUUGGAAUUAAAAAUAUCUGCCUCCCUAAAACAAGCACUUGAUAAACUUAAACUAUCAUCGGGGAAUGAAGAAAAUAAGAAAGAAGACGACAGUGAUGAAAUUAAGAUUGGAAGCUCAUGUAAAAAUGGAGGGUGUUCAAAGACAUACCAGGGUCCACAGAGUCUAGAAGAAGUCUGUGUAUAUCAUUCUGGAGUACCUAUUUUCCAUGAAGGGAUGAAAUACUGGAGCUGUUGUAGAAGAAAAACUUCUGAUUUUAAUACAUUCUUAGCCCAAGAGGGCUGUACAACUGGGAAACACACGUGGACUAAAAAGGAUGCUGGGAAAAAGGUUGUUCCGUGUAGACAUGACUGGCAUCAGACUGGAGGUGAAGUCACCAUUUCAGUAUAUGCUAAAAAUUCACUUCCGGAACUUAGUCAAGUAGUAGCAAAUAGUACACUGUUAAAUGUGCACAUUGUAUUUGAAGGAGAGAAGGAAUUUCAUCAAAAUGUGAAAUUAUGGGGUGUGAUUGAUGUAAAGCGAAGUUAUGUAACUAUGACUGCAACAAAGAUUGAAAUUACCAUGAGAAAAGCUGAACCUAUGCAGUGGGCAAGCCUUGAACUGCCUGCAGCCAAAAACCAGGAAAAACAAAAAGAAGAUACAACAGAAUGAGUUGAGAAGGAAAAGAAAGUUAUUGACUAUUUCAGAAUUCUUAAUAUGUGGUGAAGUGGUGGCUUGCUGCUGUACUCUUGUUUUCUUGUUGUUGUUGUUGAUGAAUCUGGCGUUUCAGGGUCUACAGUAGGUCCAAGCCAAAGUCAGUUUAUCUUUUUGUGCCUCCCGUAUCCCUUUUGAGUUACCUAAGACUGAUUAUUCAUUUCUCCUCACUAAUAGAACUGUAGUUGUGUCUGAUACUUGAAGCAGCUAGAAAAUAGCUCACAACAGUUACAGCAUUUCGUAGUAUAUUGUUAAUCAGAGAAAUGUAAAGAAACAUUUGUUUUACAUUUCUUUCUUUUAUCCUGUAAUUAGUAAAGCAAGAUGGAAUGUCAAACUUUCAAUUAGUUUUUUCAUGAGUUUGUGUUCCUAUGAUACUUGAAAAUCUUUAAGGAAGAGAUGAAGCUCUGCAUUCCUUUUUCCACUCAGCAGUUACGUUUUGUGGGGGGAUUAACUUGAGGUAGUGUAGUAAGUAGUAAUGGGGAAUAUAUGCAUUGAUUAACAAAUUUCAAUUCAUUUACAACUAAUUGGAUUAAAAAUUGCAUCAGUACCUAUAUAACUGGCUAAGCAGUAUGAUUUAAGAGUAUAGGAAACAUUAUAAAUAAGAAUAUAAAGGUAUCAAUUUGGUUAAAAUUCACCAUUUUAUCAGACUAAGCAGUAAUGUUAAACAUCUUUUUCCUGACUAUUUAUAAGGUCUUUGUAUGGUGUUAUGACUGAAUUGUACCUAAUUUAUAGCCUACACCCUCUUAGAAUCUUUUAUUAGUUACAAAGAUCUGGCCUCCCUGAUGGAAAAGUGUCUGUAAAGUUGUUGACUAAAAGGCUUAUGGAAAUACAUUAGGGUAUCAGAAAAGUAAAUAUUUAAGCUUUGCUUUAUGACAGCUAUUACAUGUUAAAUAAACAAAAUAGCUUAUUCUUUUGGAGUUUUUUUUUUUUUAAGGCUUUCAUGAACAGCUUGACAAUUCUUGGUGAUACAAUGUUGAUUAUAUAUUGUAUUUGAUUAAAUAUAGGUAUCACAGAAUUAGAUUGUUUAUGCUAAUUGAAGUCAUUAAAGGAUAGUUACUUUUUGAGGCAGUGCAGAGCUCACAAAGAAAACUGAUAUUAAGACGUGUUACGAAAGCCGAAACUCUGGCAGAACUUAAUAAGUUUGGGUAUGAAUUAUGUUUAUAUAGAUUAAAAUGAUUAUUUUCUUAA